CGAACGACUUGCGGUGUCUUACGUUAUACUCCCGUUCUAUUCCCGAUUAUAGCCGAUUAGCCCAUAGCAACACCUGGUAACCGAUUCUACCCCGAUAGACCCAAAAUUAACAAACAUGUUCGUUCUUUGCCAAUGUUGCCCGAUGUUGCCCGAUCAUUGAGCAUUUCUUCCCGUUUCUUCCCGUUGUCUAACGAUGUUCCCGGGAAGAGUAACGGUGUUUCCCGAUGCAACCACGCUAUUUGCCGAUGUUAUAACGAUAGCUGCUGAUUAAGCCAUCGGGCACCAUCGGGGCCCACUAUCGGGUAGGUGUAAACCCCGCAUUAAUCACCUCCUUCAAGUUCGGUUACCCCAAACACAACGGGCGAACCGCCGGUCUGCCACAUAGCUACAGGACAGCUUGCAUACAGGAAGUCCACUCAGCCGAAUAGGACUCAGGACAGAGGGGUCACAGACAGGUCAUAGGGCGGUUUGUGAGAAAGGAAAGGAAGGAAAGUGGGGAUUUGAGAGCUGGUGACUUGGCUGGGAGAGCUAGCCUAGUAACGCUAACGUUAAUCCCAUCUGAGCUCGACGUGGCUAUCUUUAGCCUAGCUGUGCAUUCUAGAACAGUCAAUGUUUUUUCGUUGCUGGAUUUCAAUCGGGUACCUCUGGCUUUUCCAAAACCAAACCUUUCACAGAGUAUCAGAAAGACACCGGAGGCGACGAAUGUAUCACGACGCAUACGUCUGCUGACUAAUCAAAUGAUGGCGGAUCGUCCACCUAUGUAUUGCAGGGUGGAUGCGACUGUGCCCAUCCUGCGGAUAUGGCGCGAUGAGGGGGCUGAACUGUGGAAAGACUUUCGCCUGUACAGACGUGCCAUGAACAGCCUGCAGAGGCUCCUGGACAGGGGGCAAGAUCAUGGUUGGGGGAAUCAAUUUGAAAUCCUGAUCUACACAUAUUGGCUUGCCAAUGGAUUGUCAUACCGGGUGGUAUCCAGUGUGUUCAGUGUACCGAAGGCAACUGUGCACAGAGUUAUACACCGGGUGGCACAAAGUAUCUGGAACAAUUUGAACAGGGUGAACUCCUUCCCACAGGCCUAUGAGGAGCUGAAAGCAGUAGGGCAAGGGUUUGCUGAUCUAUCAGGGACCCCUGCUUUUGCAAAUGUUGUCGGGGCGAUCGAUGGAACCCAUAUUCGGAUCAAGCCACCACAACUACAUCAAUUAAACUAUCUAAAUUACAACAACUUUUAUUCAAUUAACAUGCAGGCCAUAUGCGAUGCAAAGGGGACAUUUUUGGACAUUUUUGUGGGCUACCCAGGGUCUGUCCAUGACAAAAGGGUAAUGAAAAACAGUUAUUUUUAUUUGACUGCCAGGUAUCCACCGCCAGGUUACAUGCUUUUAGGUGAUGGUGGGUACCCCUGCCUCCAGACGCCCGUAUGUCUGUUGACUCCCUAUAAAGAGCCGGUGAUUGGGCGGGUGCAGCAGCGCUUUAAUUACCGCCAAUCCAAGGCGGGUUCUGUGAUAGAGCGGGCCUUCGGGAUGAUGAAGACAUGGUGGAGGUCAACCCUUUUCCGGGCACUAGAAGUCAAGCCUACCUUUGCCCCCCAGGUCAUUGCUUCCUGUGCCUUCUUGCACAAUGUUUGCUUAAAUAAUGGAGACACACUGGAUCCUGAUGAAGACAUUGCCAGGGAUGACCUUGACCCCCAUCCCCCUCAAGAACAAAUUGGACUCAAUGAAACACCAGGAUUUGAUAUCCGAGACUCACUGGCUGCCCAAGUCUCAUAUGAAUUUUAAAUGUUAU